AUGGCUUUUGCGUAUCGCUAUGGCCUGUCAGCGUCGGACAUGGGAAUCACAUCUCCUGACUCGUUUGUUGCAAGGCUGCUCGGGCAGGGUCACCAAAGCCGGCCGUUUGACGAGUUGUCAGACCAAGAAAAGGGUCAUCUGAAUGGAUGGAUUCAUGGUCUUUUCGAUUCCGAAGCCGGUGGGCUGGGCGAUGAACUGAUGUCAUCUUGCCCACCGCAAGAUUUCUACUUGCUCGUUUCGACACUGUUCCAGAACAUUGUUCUCGCCUUCAGCACUGGUCACUUGGCUGAGGAGAGCCUCAGGGGAGGCAUCGAGUAUCUUGUCGAUACUUUCCUUCUGCCGUCCCUUGUCGUGGCCAUUACGUACCUUGCUAACUCACUGUGGGUUGAGCGCUCUGAUUGUCAGAAGGCGAUCGUAAGGGUCCUGAACUCCGUUUUGGCACCUACUUCCAUAUCCAAUGAGGCGCAAGCUAUGCUCACUUCCGUCAUGAACAUAGUGGCCAAGCCGCUGGAACACUCACUAAGGGCAUACCAACGGUCGGAUCCCAAGAGCCAAGAAGUCGAGCCCCUGUUGAAGUCAAUCAAAGACAGCAUUCCCUUGUCCCGGCGGACAGGAGCAGCUGACCACACCGAAUUGGAUGCUUGGUCUCUGGGUGGCUUUUCCAACUCUAUCCGGCAAACAUUGCAGCAGUUGGUGCAGUGGAGCAUCCACCCAACAAUGGACAGGAUGCCUCCGGCAUACACCCAUCGACAGAUGCUUGUCGCAUUGAAACUUCUGGGUGCAAAACGCCUCCUGCAGCUCCUUUACGAGGACAUCAGGCAGCAAACAGAUACGGGCAGCGGAAGCAUCAUUUACGACGUGGCGACAGCAAUAAUCUGCGCGCCCGACAUUGUCAACACGCCGUCAAAUCCCGUCAACUUCCUCGACAGCUCGGGCAACAUGCCUGCGCCCGCCCAGAGGAAGCUGACAUUGCGCGAGGUUCUGAAGUCAGAUGCUGAGGACUGCAAGAGGCUACAGAAGACGGACAUGAACUUGGCCGAGAUCGUCGUCAGGCUAUACCGCAAGGUGGAGUCUCAGAUGGCAGUUUCGCAGGCUCAAGCCAUCCAGGCAGACACUAUGCUGCAGAAUGACCUCGGGCUGAGCCUGGACACUGGCACAGGCUCUCUUGACGAUGCCAUGGCAGCUGCGGCUGCCAACGUUGCGCAGGGCGACGGCAUGUCCGUGGAUAACGUUAGCCUCGACCUGGGCCUCGGUGGAGUUGGUGGAGAUUUGGGCCUAGGGGGCUCAUCGAACAACGGAGGAGGCUCGUUGGACCUAGGGGCCGAUGACAUAUUCGGCGGGCUCGGCGCCGGCGACGACUUUCAAUGGGACAACAUGGACCUUUCGUAG